GAUCCUCCCUGACUGGCCUCAGUCCACUUAUUCCGUCACAACUAGGCGUAUACGUGUUAUAGAAAAGCAAAUAACGAGUAUCUGUAAUGGCGACCAGUAAAAUUCCUGAGUGGAUAACUGCAGAAUUGUUCGAAGAUGUACUCAAGGCGAAUGUGGAGGGCUACUCAAAAGUCAAGACCUUCAAGGCGGACAUAGGAUCUGCGGCAGGUGAAAACUAUGCCACUAUUAUGCUGCGAGUUAACAUCGAUGUUGAGCUACAGGAUGGCAAAACGAAACCGGUUUCAUACAUGGUAAAAUUGCCCCACCAACUGGAGGUGUACCAGGAGAUGAUGAAGCGAACGAACAUCUUUGACAUCGAGCGCUCAAUGUACAAUGAGGUUGUUCCUGAGAUGGCUGCUCUUUAUAAGGAAGUGGGUGGAUAUCACUUUUGGGCCAAGAGCUACGAUCUUAAGAAUGCCAAGACUGACUAUGUGGCGUUGGAGGAUCUAGGAAUAAAGGGAUUUAAGAAUGAAAGGCUGGAAGGACUCGAUCAAACUCACACGGAGAGAGUGCUCCUAAAGUUAGCCCAAUGGCAUGCUGCAUCUGCCGUGCGAGUGGCCACCAAAGGACCUUAUCCUGACGUCCUUGUGCAGGUUUUUAAAGAGGACACCCGUCCAAUGAUGACUGAAAUGAUGAAAGGAAUGGGCGCGAAUUUUGUAAAAAGCUGUUCCUACGAAGGUUACGAAAUCUUUAUAGACAAAGUGAAAGCCCUGCAGCCUGUUUUCGUCGAUAAGCUUUUCGAGUUUGGUAAGGUGGACCCCACAGAAUUUAAUGUACUGAACCACGGGGAUUCCUGGUCGAAUAAUAUUAUGUUCCAGUAUGAUGCAUUUGGAAAAAUUAAGGAGGUGUAUAUGGUCGAUUAUCAGAUUCCUAAAUAUGGUACUGGCCAGGACCUCCUAUACUUCUUGCUCUCGUCUACAAAGUGAGAUAAGCUCACAAAAUUCGAUUACUAUAUUAAGGUUUACCAUGAGUACCUGGUUGAGCACCUGAAGAUACUGAAAUUCAAACCCAUUCCCAGCCUGAGAGACAUUCAUUUGGCGCUUUUCAAAUACGGAUUUUUCGGCUACUCCGUAGUCACUGGUGUCAUGGCCGCCGUUCUUGAUCCCACGGACUCUGCCAGUUUUGAGAACUUUAUGGGCGAUACUGAAGCGGGAGUGGACUUCCAGAUGCAGCUUUAUAACAGUCCCCGGUACCGCAAACACAUCCAAGCGAUUAUGCCCUGGCUACUAAAUCGUGGCUCUUUGGAUAUAUAGAACACCGAACUAAAUAAAUUCCAAUUUUUAAAUGAACAAUCUAAAUUGAUUAAGAAUAAAGUGCAACCCCAUGAUAGUCUUAUCUCCAUUUAUGUGCGAUAAUGGCAACGAGUACUAAGAACGUAAAACUUUGAACAAUAAACGAAAUUAAUCAUUUAGCAAAAG